GGUGACGUCAGUGUGACGUAGCGGGGUUUCCAGUGUUUUGGUGGAGCUGCUGAGCAGCAGAUGAGUUUAUAUCAUGGCUUUAAACCGUAACCACUCACAGAAUGGAGGAGUUUUGAUUAAUAACGGAGAAAGCAUUGUUCGGGAGUGUAAGAGUGUGGAGCUGCAGCUCAGUGAUGUCAAAACCAAAGCAGAUCUGCUGAAGGGCUCCAAAAAGGGCAAUGUGUACCUCACUCCAUACAGGUUGGUAUUUGUCUCCACUAACGCAAAGGACCAUGUGGUUUCGGCCAUGUUCCCUUAUCACCUGAUGAAGGGCUGCAGCAUCGAACAGCCAGUGUUUGGAGCCAACUACAUCAAAGGGAAUGUGUUGGCUGAAUAUGGAGGUGGCUGGGAGGGCACAGCACAAUUCAAAAUGACUUUUAUGUCUGGUGGAGCCAUCGAUUUUGGGCAAUAUCUUUUUAAAUUAGCCACAAAUGCCUCUCGUGCACCUCCAGCUCAGAACGGGGCUGCUGCAUAUGGCUAUCCUUCACCAGUAAUGAUCAACUCUUAUGGCCCACCCGCUCCUCCUCCGGCCUAUCCUUAUCCUGGUCCUCCUCAGCCCAACGGUUACUAUCCGGCGCCUCCACCUGCUGCUGCCAACAUGGCGUAUCCCUAUCCUCCACCUGCUCCAGAAAUGUUCCCAUCUGGAUAUAACUACAUGGCACCACCCCCGUAUCCUGGCCCACCACAGAACUGGACAGCACCACCCGUUACAGCACCACCAGCUACAGCUCCUCCAGGCAAUUCCAAGGCAGCUGAAGCCGCUGCCAGUGCAUAUUAUGAUCCCAGCAAUCCCCACACGGUCUACAUGCCCAUGGAGCGACCACCUCCAUAUGCACCAAACUCUCCAGAAAAGAAACAAAACUGAAGGACUGCAAUGACUUAAAGAAACAAUCAACAUAGCAUGAUGAAUAUCAUUUUGAUAAAUGUUGCUUUAUAUACAGCAUAAAAGUGUAUAUACUCAUUCUACUAAUUCUAUUCACUUUGGAGGGUGAAACUAGAGAAGGGAAAAGGGGUUGUAUUUUAUUACAUUUUUAUAUGAUUCCAUCAGAGAUCAGAGUAGCAGUGUAGGCUUUUAUUAUCAAUAUUAUGUAUUUUAUCAUUGCGAGUAGCCUUUUGUACUGAAAAUCUAUUUGAUAAGAUGCUGAAUAUUGUGGUAUUAUGCAACUCCAGUUUUCCAGUACUCUCCAUCUUUUCUUUAAGAUAAAUUAUUAUAAACACAUGACAGGAGAAAGAGGGUUGUAGUUGACGUGCAAUAUAAAGAUAAAAGAACUUGACCUAAAGCCGGUUCAAGCUUCUGCAGUGUUCAGGUCUGCAGCUUCAAGUUGAAACAGAACUCCUGUCUUUGUGUAAGUACACGAGUGUGGGGUUACAAGGCCACGCUGCAUGUUACUCUCAUUAAUGUCUCAUUACGGUGGGGAGUGGCAUCGCUCAACUGUGUAAGUGGAUUUUUACCUUUUAUUCCAGAACUUACUGAAAGCAAGUACUUUGACUUAAUAGUUAAUGUAGCUACUAACAGGAUUAUUUACUUUUCUUUUUGCUCAAAUUUCCUCAUUCCGAGUUGUCAAACAAAUAAAACCAACUCCCA